GUACUGCGUGUGAUGAAUAUGACGAGGACCUGAACAAGGACUACUUUCCACACGAGGGUGAGGACAGCUUGACAUGUCCAUGAUGGAGAAGCAUUUGACCGACCCACCAGAUGGUGGCUACGGCUGGGUCGUAGUCAGCUCAGCCUUCUUCCUCAUGGGACUCACUGCUGCUGUUCUAAAGAACUUUGGACUGUUUUUCCUUGAAAUCCAAAGACACUACAAUGUCCUUACCAGUACUACCUCCUGGGUGACUUCAACCACUAUUGCAGUGUUUCAUUUGGGAGCUCCUCUUUCCAGUGCUCUCAGUGUGCACCUAUCACACCGUGCCGUUAUCAUGAUCGGAGGGCUUCUGGCUGCCUCAGGAAUGGUUAUUGCCUCUUUAGGCCUCAGCCUGCCGGGGAUGUAUCUGUCUAUGGGUGUGCUGCAAGGGCUUGGAAUGUCACUGUCUUGGAUUCCAGCAAACAGCAUGGUCAGCCAUUAUUUCAAACACUGGCGUCCAAUUGCAUAUGCUAUCGCCAGCUCUGGAGAGUGUGUCUUUGCCAUGAUAUUCAGCCUGUUUUUCCAAUGGCUUAUCGAGAGCUAUUCUUGGCAGGGGUCUCUACUCAUCAUUGGAGGUCUUCAGCUGAAUCUGUGUGUAUGUGGAGCUCUGAUGAGACCAAUCCAAGCAAAAUCACCUUCACAAACCUCUUUCCAAGGCAAACUGGUUCUGGACUGUAAAGGGCAAAGCAAGUCGUCAAAAGGAGUCACUUUUCAAUGGUCUCUGAUUCAGAGGCCCGAGCUACUGCUAUAUAUCGUGUUUGCCAUCUUGGCUGCUGCAGGUUUCUUCAUCCCACCUUUAUUUCUGGUGCCCUAUGCCAACAGCCUGGGCAUGGAGCAGUACUGGGCAGCCUCCAUCCUGUCAGUGCUGGCACUGGCAGAUCUGCUGGGCAGACUCGCGUGUGGAUGGUUGGCUAAUCUGCGGCUCAUCAGGAACCUGCAGUUGUUGACUAUGGUUGUCACAGCACUGGGGGUGGUGUUACUUUUGCUUCCCAUUGCACAGAACUACUGGGCCAUCCUGGUGUUCUCUUCACUCUAUGGAUUCCUGUUUGGCUGUGUGGUGGCCAUCCAUGUGACUAGUAUUGUAGAUAUUGUUGGACUGGAGGGGUUUGAUAGUGCCCUGGGACUCUUCAUGCUGUUACGGAGCUCUGGAGGAUUUGUGGGUCCACCUGCUGCAGGCUGGCUGGUGGACUGGGCCAACGACUUCAGUGCUGGUUUCUACUUGUCUGGCCUCUGCCUUGUCCUGUCCAGUGUAUUUGUGGUGCUUGUGGACAGGCUGGUGGAGAAGAACAAACUCCCUCUCAAACAAUCAGAUUCGUGCAUCGACACUACAGAUCAUCCGAUAAAUAAAGCGGACCACACAGAUGUUUAAAAGUCACCAGUCACUGAAGAUAAUUUAAACUUUGGUCUAUCCAGAGCCAUAUUAUCUCCAUGUUUUUACUUUGCAGACGUAACAGGCAUUUUAUUAUCAAACCUCUCACCCCAUAACAUUCAGGCAGUGAGAGGAGAUCUGUUUAGACUCUGGCCUCAAUGUAGCCACGUUUCAAGCCACUACAUGUGAACCAACAAAGACUGAGACAUGGCAUUCUGAGAGUCUGUUUCUGCCCUGAGAAAUAAUUAAAUGAGAGCAAAUGCAGCUGCCUUACUGUUAUUAGAAUAACAUCAACAAGCAUCAUAAUGUAUUGGCAAAAUAUUCAGAGAAGUGUGUGGCUGUUUUAACUUUAUCUGAAAGCAAUAGAAAUAUUUUUAUAUAUAUAUAUAUAUAUAUUUUUACCAACAAUCAUCCAUGCGAUUAUCUAAUCAGCCAAUCGUGUGGCUGCAGUGCAUAAAAUCAAGGGGAAACAGGUAAGGAGCUUCAGUUAAUGUUCACAUCAACUAUCAGAAUGGGGAAAAAAUUUGAUCUCAGUAUUUGGACCUUGGCAUAAUAGUUGGUGCCAGAUGGCCUGGUUUGAUUAUUUUUGUAACUGCUGAUCUCCUAGGAUUUUCACGCACAACAGUCUCUCGAAUUUACUGAGAAUGCUGAAAAAAACAAAAAAAACAUCCAGUGUUUCACAUCCAGAACAGCGGUAGUUCUGUUACUGAAACGCCUUGUUGAUGAGAGCGGUCAACAGAGAAUUGCAAACUGGUUCAAACUGACAAAGUCUACGGUAACAGAUAAAUAUAUAUUGAAAAAAACAGAGCAACAUUCUAAAUAAAUAUACAUAUCAAAUACCCACCAAAACACGGCAAGAUUUGAUACUGUUGAAUUUGAGACAGUUGUGCUGUACAGUAUGUAUACGGUUAUGUGAGAUGUAUAUGUAUUUUGAGUGUUGUUGUUUUUUUCUAAUACCGGUGUGUGUGUGUAUAUAUCACACACACA